AAAAAGCCAAGGACUGACUGAGAAGCAGCUAGAAAGAGAGAGAGAGAGAGCCAAAGCCUUACAUAGCGAAAGAGACAAAGAGAUAAACGCGAAAAAAUGGAACACGAGGAUAAUAACGCUCAGUUUGAUAACUUUCUGCAAAAUCGCCUCGCGGAGAGUCUGCAAAUGGCUGCUGGCGCCGGUCAAGUGGCCGAUGUUGCCGGUGACUUGAUGGUGGUGCCUCCUCAAAAAUCGGAUGAACAGCAGCAGCAGCACGACGAAGACGAUGAGGAAUGGAAAUACAUACAAGAAGUGCAGCAGAGCGAGAAGCACCAGCAGCAACUCCAACAACAACAACAACUUCAACUCGAUGAUGAGCUUCAUCAUGACUUGAGUUUGAAUUUAAAUUUGGAUCCAAUUGUGGUGGGCAAUGGUAGAGCAGCGGCUCCACCUGGUGCCAUCGACUAUGAGGAGGGGGAGGAGGAUGAAGUUGAGGUCAUUAAAAACAAUGAUAAUGAUUUCUCAACAAAUUCCAAUACCGAAACGACCACAUCUACAGGUGAGAUAAAGGAAAAGGAUAACGAAUUGAUCCAUCCGUUGGUCGGAGAACAAUUCCAACAACAACAACUGGAACAACACCAUGAACAACAGCAGCAUCAUGAGGAUGAGGAUGAACCCAGUUCGGUGGCCACCACAUGUGGCACCACCAGCAGCCUGAGUGAGCAUCAACCUGCACCCCAAUAUGAAGGCGGCUUCGAUAAUAAAGAGAAUAACGAUCCAUUUUCCGCUGCAAAUCAAUCACCACUCGCACUGAAUCCUAAUGCUAUGGAAUUUGUGCCAAACUUUGGCUCCCAGCCCACUUCCCCCUCACCCAUACCGGAAAGUCACAUUAAUCCCCAUCAACUGAUAGCCGGUGGAGUGAAUUUGGAUGACCUAGUGGCGGAAAGUCCACGCAAGGGUUCCAAUCGUGUCAAUAUGGAUGCUAUCAAUGUGCCCGAUGAACUGGAAUUCGAUAAUGAGGCAGCCAAGCGGCCACAUGAGUUGGAGCAGGCCGAUGAUGUAUUUGGUCAGGAGCAGCAGCAGGAAGAGUUGCAGCAGCCACAGCUUUUAAAUGGAGCUGGAGAUUCUGCUGAUAUCAUUCUGGAUCAUGGUCCCGAAACAAGUGUCGAUUUGGAUGCACCAGCUACACCAACUGAAGAGGAUGUGAUGAAUCGAUCCCUCUAUGCUGAACAUAAUAAUGCAUCCGCUAUCGAGGACAUUCUCAAUUCAGUUCAGCCUCUGCCCAUCAACACUCAGCUGGAUGAUGAAUUCGCUGAAAAGGAGUUGCUGCAUGUCGAGGAAAAGGAACACAUUUCGCAAUCACCUUCCACAGAGGAACUCCAGGAGGAGGAGGAGGAGCACCAGCAGCAACAGCCAGAGCAUCAAUUAUUUGCUGCCCAGGAUCCUAUGCAGGCAUCAUUCUAUCUUGAGCACACUUCAAGUGAGAAUCAGGAUCCCUUCAAUCUGGCAGCAGCAGAUCAAUUGAAUCAGAGCCUUUUGUUGGACACAAGUGCUCCAUUAUUUAGUCCAGAAGCAGCAGACUCCACUCCUGUGACCAAGCUGGAAUUGGAGCCACAAGAGGCCGCUGUGGUAGACAUAACACCAUCUCCCCUAUCAUCCACUGAAGAGAAACAUCUGGUAGAGGAAACCAAGGAGCAGGAGCCUCUCGAAGAACAAGAGUAUCAAAAAACCGGCACGAAUUUGAUCCAGGAGCAAGCUUUACUUGAGCACAAUGAUGAUGGUCCACUAGAAUUCACAGUCGGAGCUCCGCCACAGGUGGAGGAGUAUACUGCCUUAAGCAAUGCAGCCGCCGACUUUGUGGAUAAUUUAAGCUCAACUCUGGAAAGUAAUCCAUUUGCUGCUUCUUUGGAGAAGGAAAUUGUGAAUAAAUUUACUCUUGAGCCGGAGUCGCAACCUUCUAUUGGAGCUUUUGACAGUCACUUGGAAGAACCCCCAAUUUCCCAACUUCAGGACGUGGGAGUCAACUACAACCCACUGGAAUUGCAAGAAGAGCUGAUCGAGGAGACGCAUCACUUUACCAAUGGCGUUGAAAGCCAUAUUACACCAGAGCCACCAGUUCAUGUGGAGCAGGAAGUUGAGAAGGUGUUGCACUUUGAUAUACCAGAGCAGCAGGAGCCACCAAAGGUGGAACAAGAGCCCGAGCCGGAGCCUGAAAAGGAACUUCUGCACAUUGAAGCGCCUGCUGCUGUUCAGGAACAAGAGCCAAUUCCAGAGCCAGUUCCAGAGGAGCCUAUCGUUGCUGUGACACAGUCUUUAAUUGCUGAGGAGGAGCCACCUAAAGUGGCCGAGCCCGAACCUUUGGCAGAACCCCUUAUUAGCAGCGAACCUAUUAAGGACGAACCAGUGGUGGCUGCUGAGCCAACUGUUGAAGCUCCAGUUGUCGCGGCUGUAGCUGCAGCCGGUGCUGUCGCUGCUGUGGCAGCCGCUGCUGUAGUUGCCAAACCCAAGAUCGGCAAGACCUCACCAACUGAGGCCAAGAAGCCAGCAGCAGCGCCUGCCAGGAGUGGAGUUACUGCCACCAAAGCGAAACCAGCAACGACAUCUGCUGCCAAAAAGCCACUUGCUGCAGCUCCAAGCAAGACCUCGACGGCUGCAGCACGCCCACGAACUGCACCAGCAACAGGAGCAGCAGCCAAGCCGGCAUCAACGGUGGGAGCUGCUGCCAAACCGGCAACUGCGGCACGCAAACCUUUAACCAGUACUUUAGCAGCCAAACCCGGACCUAAGACGACCACAACAGGCGCUUCCACAGCACGCCCAGCCACAGCUCCGGUGAGCAAGACAACAGCACCAACAGCUACUCGCAGUGCUCCAACCACGGCACGUAAGCCAAUUUCUUCCACCACGACAACUUCCUCAGCUGCCCAGGUGAAGCCACGAUUGGCUGCCACUUCUGCAGCUGCUGGAGCCCCGAAACCGAAGGUUCCAUCGCCAAAAAGCACUUUGUCCUCCACAUUGCGCAAGACAGCAGCGCCUACAUCGGCCUCCUCAACUACAUCAACAAGUGCACGCAGUCCUACAAAGGCUCUGGCUAAUGGUGUUGCCAAGAGCUCUGUCGGAGGCACUGCCACCGCCACUCACACCACGCGAGUCAGGUCGGCCACAACCACAGGAGCAACCAAUGGCAGCAGCACUUCCACCACGACAACCACAACCACAACGACAACAAAGACUUUCACAGCACGACCAGCACCCAAGUUCACACACUCGGUAACUGGACCAACUGCUGCCAGCACUGCGCGACGCACUGCUUCAAGCACAGGCGUCACUGCUGCCGCCCAGCGCAAAUCGUCACCAUUGAAGACCACAACCCGUUCAUCGCCACUGAAGCCACUUGGCAGUGCCAACAACUCGCCGCUGAAACCGAAAGCCAAAGAAUCCGCAACUACUAAAACAUCCCCAACAGGAUUAAAGGGCAAAGGAGCCGCCGCCACGCCCAUCAAGGCCACAAAUGGCGUGGCCAAGCAGCAGGAGCAGCAGGUACAAGAGCCAGUCGAAUCGGAGGCAACUCACAAUGGCAACGGCAAUGGUAAUGGCAUUUUGCAUGACGAUACCGAAGAACUGCAUCAGCCUCAGGAUUCGGCACCAGUUGCCGCAGCUGAUGUUGCAUUGUUGGAUUUCUAAAUCGAGCCUGGGGCAACUUCGACCCCGCAUCUAAUGUCAAAAGGGGUUCGAUGGGGGAAAAACUAAGAUGGAAUGCAAAAACGAAUAAAUGAAGCAAAAAGAAAUCAACUAAAAACUAAAAAAAAAACAACAACCAAGAAAUACUUUACUAAUAUUAUAAAACAUAUUAUGCAAAAGUAAAAAUCGAACCAAUA